CUGAAAUAAACACUUGUCAAUUAGAUAUAAUUAAGUGUAAUACUGAAAAUGAAGGUUCAAAAUUCAAUUCAAGUUUUGGAAUGAUAUUAACUUGCUUGGGUAGUGUUGUUGGAUUUGGAAAUAUUUGGAGAUUUCCAAGAAUUUUGGCUACAUAUAGCUAUGAAAAAGGUUCAUUAACGUUUUACUUGGUUUGGUUCUUCAUACUGUAUCUAUGGUCUGUUCCAAUUGUGAUUGUUGAAUACACAUUGGGUCGAUUUACGCGUAAUUCAGUAGCUGGUUCAUUUUACAAGUUUUUUGGGGAUAAAUUUGCUUGGGUUGGUGGUUGGAUUGUUUCAGUGACAUUUUUUCUAAGCUGUUAUUAUCCUGUGAUUAUCGGCUGGUGUUUAUAUUACUCCUAUAUGUCAUGUUUCAUUGGUUUGCCUAAAAGUGAAUCAGAAAGUAAGAAACGAUUCAAUGACUUUACUAUGAAUUCAUACUGGCCUGUUCUAACACAAUGUAUGAGUGUUUGUAUAGCAGCUACGUGUAUAUAUGGUGGCAUCAAAUGGAUUGAGAAAGCCAAUAACAUACUUGUUCCAUUUCUAUUAUCGAUUGUAGUUUUUACAUUUGGUUGGUCAUUGACAAGAACUUAUGCAGACGUUGGAAUCAAGUUUUUAUUUACACCAACAUGGAGCAGUUUUAAAAAGCCAGAAAUGUGGAUUGCUGCAGCAAGCCAAAAUGCUUUCGAUACAGGAGCUGGUAUCGGGGCAUUAGCUACAUAUGCAGCAUUUAUGGGCAGAGAACGUGGUGCUGUUAGAUACGGCACAACUAUCCCUAUGAUGAAUAAUUUAGUGAGCUUCAUAAGUUCGAUUGCAGUUUUUUCCACUGUAUUUUCCACACUAAUACAAACAACACCGACAAUAACACGUCUAGGAAUUGUAAAACUAAUGCAAGCAACAGGACCAGGUAGCACUGGUCUAACAUUUAUUUGGUUUCCAGUUCUAUUCGAAAGUUUGGGAGUAUUCGGCAGAGUACUGUGUACAUUAUUCUUCAUCUGCCUUACUGUUGCUGGAUUAAGCACUACAAUUUCCGAUCUUCAAGUCUACACUAUGGUUCUGGAUGAUACCGGAUUAAAUCAUAGAAUAUCUGUUGCUGUUGCUUUAACAGCGAAUAUUAUGGUUGGACUUUUAUCUGCGCUUAAUUUGAAUAUUUUGACAAAUCAAGAUGAUGUUUGGGGAUUUGGACUGUUGGUAUCUGGUAUGCUAAUGGCAUGCUUAGUCAUUAAAUAUGGACCUAUGAAAUAUCGACGUUGUAUUGUUAAUGAAUUCGGUAUAGGUGACUGGAAAUUACCUAAAAUUUGGGUAUUUUUAAUUACCGUUCUCGUGCCAUUGCAAGGAAUAAUUCUACUUGCCUGGUGGAUAUAUGAUAUGACUGCAAAUGAUGAUCAUUGGUACAUGUUAACCUAUAAGUCGGUUACCACGUUAUUCUUCGAAUGGUCUCUUUUAUUGACUACACUGAUUGUGUUAAACUUGGUCGCAAUUCGACGAAAAUGGUCAAUUUUACCAAAUGCAAAAAAAUUUGGUAAUGAUCCUUAUAAAUUAGAUAGUUGUACAAACUUAACUGAAGUUUAAUUUGCUCAGACUUGUAGUACUACUUUUAUAAGUAGUUUUUUAUAUUCACAUAGAUUUACAACAAUAUAUAUUUGUAUUGAAACAUUAGCAUACUUAAAAAUAUUAUUUUGUAAUUAACAUUUGUAAUUAUUUAUAAAAGAUAUUCUUUAA